GCACGCGAGAACCUGUAACUUGACUUCUUCAUCGUCACCCGGAGCAAUUGAAUUACGAAAUGGCCGCCAUUCAAGGACGUCCAAACGAAACGGCGGUCGGCUUCUAGCGAGCCUUUUUUUUGCCGUCCCGAUGAAGCAAGUUGUUGUUUUGGGAUGUGGUGCCUGGAGCACAGCUAUUGCUAAAGUUAUCGCCGAUAACGUCGCGUCUUCAAAUGAGUUUUGUAGUAAGAUCGCUAUGUAUGUACGUGAUGAAACUCACAAUGACCGAAAUUUGGUUGAUUAUAUCAAUAACGAUCAUAUAAAUCCAGUAUAUUUGCCAUGUAUUACUAUUCCUACUAAUGUCGUAGCAAACAGUAAUAUCAAAGAAGUUGUUUCAGAUGCUGAUAUCAUAGUAGUUGCUUAUCCAUCUCGAUAUGUACAGUGGUUAAUAAAACAAAUGAAUGGGCAUGUCAAAGAAAAUGCCUACUUCGUCUCCUUCUGUAAAGGUCUUGUUUUGUAUUCAGAAGAAAAUCGAGUCAAACUAGUGAGUGAUAUGAUUCGUGAGCAAACUGGUAAAAGUUGUGUUGUUGUCAGUGGAGCUACAACAGCUGUAGAAAUAGCUGAACAACAAUUCACCGAAGUAACUAUUGGUGCUAAAAAUUACGAUCAUGGAAGUGAAGUAAAACGAUUGCUUCAGACAAAUUACUUAAGAAUGGUGAUUACACAGGAUGAUGUUGGAGUUGAAUUAUGUGGCGGUAUCAAACAUGUUGUAGCAAUCGCUGCAGGUAUCUGUGAUGGUCUAAAGCUAGGAGAUAACACCAAAUCUGCUGUACUUCGUAUUGGAUUCUGGGAAAUGUCUGAACUGAUGAAAGAGCUAUUCCCCGAUAGAGCUCCUACUUGGAUAGUACAUAUAACAUACAUUCAAUCCAUCAAAAUGGAUGUUUUUGGAUGAUUUGAUUUGCACUCAAAAAUAAUUUCCACCACUUUCAUAUACCACCAGCUCUUAUGGUCUGUUUUCAUUGAAUUUGUGAAAUCUUGUUUCGACUUCAAUAAUCAGAAGUGACGAUCAGUUAGUAAAUAUCAUGCAUUUUGCAACACGCUGAGUAGUGGUUAUUAGGAGUAACUGUUAACUCCUUGUUCUCAGUUUUACAAUUUGAAAUCCUAAUUUUAUGUGACAUCAUCCUAUUGUCGGACUAAAAUUCUUAUUCUUCACAAUUAACUUGCACUUUAUUUUAUUGUCUACCUUAAUUUUUAUUCUGUUAUUAUGUUUAAUGUUUCCUAAGACCAGUUACAAACUAUUUAUGUCGAUGUAUUAUUUUUAUAUUAAUAAUAUGAACUUUGUAGCGAAAUAUCAGUCUUAUAGUCUGUUUGUUAUGAACUUGUAUUAGCUAGUAUUGCUGCCUGAUUGUCUCUUUGCUUAACUAGGUUCGUAUAAGUCGUUGAGUCAGUGUUCUGACUCUGAAUUUUUGGCCAUCUAGAAAGUUACAUAUGAUGUGUUAAAUACUAUUCUUUUUAUGUUACAUAGUUUAAAACUUUUUCCAAGUUCAUAGCAUUGCUACAAAUUCUCAGUCAUUUCCUAGUCAAUUGGAGAACGUCUCUUACAGGUGGAUAGUUUGAGGGAAAAAAAUCCCAUAAUGUUAAGAAGUGUGAACAGAUUUACAUAAUUAAUGGAUUGUUUAACGUCUUCCAUCGUUUACUCUGCCUACCAAUUAAAAAACGACAUAAGGUCAACGUUAUGUAUGCAUAGGUUAUUCGUCUUCUCGAACCCUUAGAAAAACAAACAGAUCUUUCAGAAUCCCCACAUCAUUCUUAGGAUUAGAGUUUCCGUCGCAAAAUGAUAUCAGGUAUGAUGAGGAAGUGGCACGCAGCCAUAUGGAUGAGUGGAUUACGCGCGAAAUCUCCGAGUGACGUUAUCUGAUCAGUUCGUUAAUAAAAUAUAAGGACACUAAGUAAAGGUUUUGUUUGUUAAGUGUUUAGGAAUAGCGUCAAUUUGUCUCUUAUACAUAUUCUACAAAGACAGAAUUUAGCAUUUGAUAUAUUUAGCACUAUCAGUUUUACUCAAUGGUGACAAAAAAACAAUUUUCCACUAUCAUUUGAAACGUUUUGAUCAGCAUACAAAGGUAUUUUUAAUACUCGUUAUAUGUGAUAUUUCAAUUUCACACAAUAACCUAGAAAUCGUAUUCUGAAUUUUGACCGCCUCGUCCUUAUACAUUAGUUUUACUUAUAAUGUCCGGUAAUCUGUUAUGUCCUGAUAAGAAUAAUGAGUGGUAAUUUUUGGGAUCCAUUGUGGGCCAAUACUAAACGUAUAUUUUUAUUGUAUAAUUGUUAAAUAACUAAACUAUUCAUAUUCAUAUUCCUCUCAUUAUAAGCUUUAUUUCGACUUAUGAACCAUUAUUAUACGUUUUACCAUUCUUGAAUUAUGCCCUGUCUAUUAGUCACUGCCUCCCACAUUUGGCCAAAUUUUGUACAAAUGUUAUUUUCUACUUUAUGGUACGUUGUGGUCUGUUUGAUUGGUAUAUAAACCGAGUAUGUUCGAAAUACAUGUUUCAUAUCGUAGAGGCUGGAAUUGGUGUUCUGAACUUAACUGGCUGGGCUAGACGGAAAGCAGGACCAAUCAGAACUCUAGACUGCUCAUACGGGUUUACACGUUAUUGAUCCGAUCGAUAAGUCACUGCUGUUUAAUCGGCGGUCUCAAGUUAUAACAUAAUUCACUGAAGCUGUCGAUCGUAUGACUGAUGGCUUUUCAAAAUUCUUUACUUUAUCUUCCUGUCUCUUGAAUGAUUGAUGACUAUAAUGUAAAUUCAUAUUACAAGGACAAGGAUUAUUAUUCGUACUAUUAUUCUUCGUUUUAUAUGUUGCUCAAAGUACGUGUUUAUUGCUAAGAUAGAUAGAUGUAUGUAGGCAGUAGAUCGGAAAUCAGAAGUAGCGAUUUCACUUGUUCAAAAGAUGCACAUUCAUUCCGAUAAGUUUAUUGACCCAUCGCAUAUCCCUUGGUGAACUCUGAAAAGUUAUGGAAUUCAUUGGGAAUUACUUUAUUUGUAUACACUUUUUCCCCUUCAUAAACCUCAAAUUGUGCCUUUUAUCUGUAUGAAAUCUAUUUUUGUGAUGUUCUAGUCAAGCUAUACUAUAGUUCUACACAAAUAGUGAUAUUUAAUCACUUGUAUGAUUUCCUGUUGUUACGGUCCGCGACUUCCAAUUGAGAUACACGUGCUUUUUAUACACUUGCUUUUACUAGUGAAGUGACUGAAAAAGCUGAUAAAUAACUACGAUAUUUUUAAUUUAUGAAACCUGUAAAAUAGAUACAUAAAUUGAACCAAAGAUAAACUCAAAUCCCACUCGCAACUUUGUCACACGAGCUAACCACCAAUCAGAAUCGAACAAAAUUCACCAUUUCUACCAUCUCGGUAAACCAUGACGGAUGGCGCUUUUCGUCCUAUGUACUUUUUCACUGACUUUUUAGUGUUAUAAUAUUUAAUGUUUCAGCGUACCAAAAUUUUGUUACUUAUAUGGCAUGUUAAAUUUUGGGGAUAAUUUUCUCUACUAGAUUGAGUAUUUUCUCGGCUUCCAACUGUCAUGUCAGUGCAUACUUCCUAGCAUGCUUACGUGUUUUGUGUGACUUAGUACUAGUCCAAUUAAAGCUAGACCACCAUGGAAAACGCGGAAGCACUCGACGGCCGUUUCAAUCGACUCAUGAUCUCAACUAUUGAAGUUACUACAAUCUCCACAAAACCCCUUCUGAUACUAAUCAACAUAUGCUCACUAGUGACCGGCUUCAAGAGGUAUAUCCUAGAGUUCUAGUGAGAAGCAGCGACCAGUGGAGUUCAACUGCCGUCCAGUGCUUCCAGGUUUUC